GCUCUCUCUCUCUCUACUGUGAUAUGUUCUUUCUUUCUCCGAACUUUUCUCAUUGUAAUCUUCGUUUCUUCGCUCUCAAUCCGCCCCCACCUUCCCCCUAUCAAUCGCACUCGCUUUUCAACUUUCUUUCUUCGAAUUGAAUUCCGGAUCUCUCUGCGCUCUUCAUCAACUUGGAAGUUCAUCAGGUUAUUCCGCUAUUUGAUUAACUGGUACUAUAUCCUUGAAGAAAUUGUUCGAGGUUCUUUUUCGAAGGCUUUCCUGCAGAUUUUUUUACCGGUGCUUGUGAUCGUAUGGAAAAUUCGGAAUUGAAGAAGCUGAAACCAUUGUGGCCUGAGGAUAACAUUCAGAACAGAUCUAAAUGGCUAUCAAAUAAUCUUGAAGAAAUGACUCGGAAUGUUGAGCAGAUGCUGAAGGCGAUGAAAGAAAAUAGUGAUAAUUUUCCGAAAAGUGCUGAUAUGGAUUCUCAAGUUGAGGAGUUCUCUCGCUUGUAUCAAUCGUUGGUUGAAAACGUGUUAUCGCCGGAGCUACAAUUGCAGGUACCUGUUUAUUCUGAUUGUGGAUCUCCUCGAGGCACUCCGGAAUUAAGUUUCAACCAAAAACAGGAUUUCAAUAUGUCCAGCAAUAGAGGCUUGGAUGUCUCUUUUGAUUCAGGUGGUGGUAGCUCCAGCCUUUCUCUGAAGGACGGAAGUGAAUCUUCUUCUUCUUCAUCGGACUCUGAAUUAGAAUCUGUCGACAAUCACUAUGCGGUUUCACGUGAUCAAAGAGAUGGUCAAGGGCAGAAGAAAAAACUUCUUGAGCUACAAACUGAGCUUCCUCCUAAAAUUAGAGGGGCAUUAUGGGGGGAUGAGGAAGACAAGGUAAAUUAUGAUGAGUUGUACGAAAGAAUCACCAGGCUUGAGGAAGAACUAAAAGUUUCAAAUAUAAAGCUUCAGUCGUCUGAGAAUGAGGUAGCUAGAUUAAAGAGUGAGGUUGAGAAGAAUGAAACAGCAAUUUUGCUAUCAGAAGGCUUGCAGGCUCAGCUUGAGUCGGCUGAAAAAGACAAGCAACAAAUGGAGACCGAUCUCCAAGUAGAAAAAGGGCGAGUUCUGGAGCUGGAACGUCAAAUAGAACAAUUGGAAACUCGGAGCUUAGAAUCUAAUUCCAAAAUUGAGAGAUUGAGUGAAGAGAUAGAAUCAUGCAAAGAAAUUAUCAAGAGUUCAGAUGACAAGACCACAAGGCUUACGCAUGAACUCGAAACUACAAAAUCUGACCACCAUUUUCAGAUCAAGGAAUUGGAAACUGCUUUUCAAGUUUCACAGGAGCGAUUCCAUGCUGAGAAAGAACAGAUGCAGACAGAUAUUCUCAGGCGAAUUGAAGCUGAUAAAACUGAAAUGAGAGCCCUCCACAGCGCUCACGAGACAGCUUUGCAAAGCGAGAUUAGUCAGUUAAAGGAAGAACUUUUUUCAAGAAGCGAAAGUUUGGCAGCCUUGAAUAGAACCCACGACGAACUCAAGCUCAAAUAUGAUAUGCUAAUGGCUGAGAAAGAUGACAUGAGUGCCAUGGUUAACACACUUCUAGCAGAAAAAGAAUCCAGAAAAUCUCAGAUCCAAGAAUUAGAGGAUCACCUUCAAAAUCUACAAGCAGAGAAGGAGGGCUUGAUUGCAGGAUUUGAAAGCCAGAACAAACAAAUUGAUGAUUUGAAAUCGAAACUCUCAGCGUUGCAGGAAGAAGUGAAAAUUCAAAAAACUAUGUUAGAGGAUGGGGCUAAGGGGAAAAAGGAGGCCAUAAGGCAGCUCUGUUUCUCUUUGGAGCACUACAGAAGUGGCUAUCAAGAGCUUCGUGAAGCAUUGAUUGGGCACAAGCCGCGUCCAGCACUCUCUGCGUUGGUCGGUUGCUUGUAAGAUCCCUCGAACUUACUACCAUGUCCGAUUUUCUGUUCUAUAUGCUUUUUUUUCUAAUCUUGUAUCCUUUUUUUUGAGUUUAUGAGCAUCAUUAUUUAGUUGAUUUUUUAACGUAGGUCAAGAACAAUUGAAUAUUAUGUUAAAAAAUUUAGACCAGUUGUAAGGAUGGACAUUUGACGGCUUUGGUUUAACAUUGAGCAUCCAAAAAGCUGCAUAUAUUUGUUGGAGCAUUAUCAUGCUUCCACCUGCA